AUGGCCGAUGCGCAGAGUGCAGGGGAAGCGCUCUUUAAGAACCCGCAGUUCAUGGAGCUCUUCCAGCGAGCUCUGGGGGGCGAAGAAAAUAUUCGGGAUAUGCCCCCCGAGGGCGAUCCGCGACGAGAGAAGUGGCUGCGUGAAAUCCAGAUGAGGAUUCAGGAGGAAAGCCGAAACGCCAUGAAGAGUAAACUGGAGGAAAUUCAGAGCGAUGAGAACGGUCAGUGGAUGUAUGUCCUGCCAGAGCCGGGGUUCUGCGUCAAAUGCACCACGUCUGGAGGUGGAAAGAUCUUUCUCAAUGUAUGCCAGCAUGAGCGUAUUGCCGAACCCAUUCCAAUGGAGGAAGAUGAAAAGACGGAUGAGAUAAAGUUUAAGAUUCCACUGAGUUGUGGCCAGGCGCGUCCGGGUACAGACAAGAGCGGAAAGCCGUGCAAAGUGUACGAUGUCAUUGUGAAUCCGUCGACUGUUCAACGGUGUUCCAAGGAUCAUGAAUUCCGCUGCUUUGUGGUCUCACUGUGUAUCCACUGGAUCAAGCAGAAGUGUGAGCCCACGCUGAAUCAUGAAGAGUACAGAGGCAUGAACUUUAAAGUGAAGGGGGAUUUAGAACCGCAACGGAUUCGGUUAUCAACCGCACCCAAAGGGGCAAAUGCCAUGGGGGAUGAGAUUCGCCUUCCCAAGGACAAUAGCGCGGCAUUGCCCCCAACAAAGGUAGGCGGCCGCAGUGGCACAGGAAAACUCAUACAAGAGGUGACGAAUCCCGCCAUUGCCUCGGAUGCUGUUCCUUCUCCUCAAGCUGCGGUUCCAGCGACGUCGACAACAACAACUGCAGCAGCAGCAGCGGCGUCCAGUGCAGCUUCAAAAGAGGAAAGAAUUGUCCCUUCCUUAGUGAAGUUGCAGGGUGAGGGAAUUUACGAUUGGUCACGGCAUGCUAAGCCGGUGCUUAACCCCUACUUUCGGGAAAAUAUUCCUGCCACUUAUGCCGUAGAGGUCUGUAUUCCGACGGUGACGUCAAUUGCAGAGGUGGAGGUGCGAAUUACCCCCCGGUCUAUAGAGAUCAGCUAUGUUGACGCAGAAGAUGGUGCACCCUUUUUGAGCAUUCCGCUCGAUUACCCCAUAGACGAGGAUGCACCCAACGCCAAGUUUGUUCGAAAGACGCAUAUGCUUAAAAUGCAACUAUUAGUGAAACUUCCGGACGAGACGAGCGAGCCUGCCACGAAGGCCGACCGUGACGUGACCGAAAUUGAGGAGGAAGAAAACCGUCUGGCACGUGAGAAACGUGAAAAGGAACUUGAAGAGCACAGGAUACGCAUGGAACGGAUGCGAGAAGAGGAUGAACAUGUCAUGAGGGAGCGGAAAAGCUAUGUGGAAAAUUUGGUAGCUGUUCAAGAAGGAAUGAUGCCUCCUAGUCUAAAAGAGGAGUUGGAAAAACUCCCUCCGGAGCAACUCCGUGCCAUGCUGCAGCGGUUAGAAAACAAAACCCGCAUGGGGGAUUCCAUUGAUGAGAUGCUCGAGAAAUUUCCUGAUUCCAUGAUCGAUGCCAUUAGUCGCUACAUUCGUGACAAGUUGGGACUUGAACAGAGGCCGCUGCCGAGCGAGAGCAACAAAAUGUUAAAGGCAGUGAAUUCCGGGGCUGCGUCUCCGCCCCAGACGGUGAAGGAUGAAGCAGGAGUCAAAACCAAUAACCCGGAACUAGAAGAAGGGCGUGUUGAAUACAGCUUUGCAAAGAGUUCCGAGAGGCUAUUUGGAGUGGCGUUUCACAACCGCUACCUCUUUGCUUUGGACUGA